GGCGUGGUCUGCAUCAAUCAGUUUAGCACUUUUAGCACAAUGAAAGACCGUUACUUUGCAGCGAAAGACGAUCUCCCUUCUCGCUUUACGUUAUGAUGUUGUAGCGACUUCGUCCGAGGAUCUGAUUUUGUUUCCGUUGCAGUUUCUGUCUGUGGAAAUAUUAGCAGGCCGCUUCUGUGCACCCAUCAUAAUGCACCCGAUGCCUGUGUUCUCCGAAAGCGGUGGAGACAUAUUUGACUGUAUACAGAGAGGAAAUAUUGAGCUGUGUAUACACUUCCUUCAAAAUGAUCGAUCAGUCCUCAAGCAAAAAGGUUGGGGUGGUUUCACCCCGCUCCACUAUGCCGCCCUCCAUGGUAACCGUGCCAUGGUCGAACUUUUCCUUAGUAAUGGCGCUGACCCUAACCUGACAUGUGAUGCGGGACAGACAGCCUUUCAUUUUGGCUGCAGACAAGGGAACAUCUAUAUUAUACACCAAAUGAUGCAGUAUGGAGCUGAUCUGCGCCUCAUAGACCUGCAAGGAAAAACGUCACUGCAUCAUGCAGUCACGGGGGGCAACAUUGUUGCAGUGCACUAUUUGUGGGAGACAGGAAUGUUCCGGUUCUCAGACACAGACAUGUACCAGGUGACACCCCUUCACCUGGCUGCAUCCACAGGCAACACAGAGGUGGUCCGGUACUUGCUCAGAAACCAGAGAUGUGCUGUGGAUGCAGUUGACCAGCAGGGUGCGACAGCGCUUCACGUUGCUGCAGAAAGGGGUGGAGUGGAGGUGUGCUGGACACUGCUGCAGAGAACAGGGUGCAGGAUGCUCUACCAGAAGAACCACAGCGGCCUCACACCGCUGGACCUCAGUAAACAAGGGAAAACAUUUAGACAUCAGCAACUCACCAAGCUACUGAGUCGGUAUAUUAAUGAGCCAAUACACCACAAGCCCAGAGAGUCUCAUGUUCUGUAUUACUGGACACUGUUUUUUCCAACCCUGAGUGGAGCUUCCAUCCUGCUGAUAGCAGCCAUGUUGGGAGGCUAUGGGGGGCUAACCUGCAGUUUGCUCUUCCCCUGGCUGGCCAGAAGCAUCUUCACACAGUACCACCGCAUGACCACGUACCAAAGGUUACCCAACCCGGUCUACUUGGGAACCCUCAUAGCUGGCUUGUUCCAUUCCUUGCUCUGCUUCUAUGGAAAAAUAAUGCCUAGUGUGUGGCCAACCAGUGCUCUUGUCCAGGUGUCGAUGGUCCACUUCUCCCUAGUCGUCGGUUUGUUGUGUAAGAUUUUGACUCAGGACCCGGGGACACUGGACAGAGCAGAUGCAGAUCCUCGGUUCUCCUGUAUCGCUGACCUGGUGGAGAACAACCAAAGCCCUCACAGGUUCUGUCCGUACUGUGAGUUGUUUCUGCCCGACUACACUAAACACUGCAAGCUGUGCGAUGUGUGCAUUAAAGACUAUGACCACCACUGCCUUUUCCUCAACCGGUGCAUCGGCCGGGGUAACCACCGCCUCUUCCUCUUUUUCAUCCUUUCCAUGGUGAUUGCCCACCUUCUUUUUGUUGCCACUGCAACAAAUUACCUGCUUGACAAGAUGCCUGCGGGCGGUCGCAGCUUGUCAUUGUGGUUCACAUUGUUAGGGCAGGAGUUCUGGGUUGUGGUAAUGAUGAUUAUGAAUGCGCUGACGCUCCUUUGGGAGGUGUGGCUACUUACUGAGCAGUUUGAUGCCGUCGCCACUGGAACGACCAACUACUUCCGUCAGUGUGAAAGCUCAGCACGACAGAGGUCACUAGGACAGCGCUGGGCGAUAGUGCUGUCCUUUCUGCUGGAGGGGCGAAGACGGGUGGGCAGCGGCCAAAGAGAAGACAAAACUGCCAUAGACAUUUAAAUCUGUCAUGUAUCCAGCUGUCUUGAAAUUGUUUCAUCAUCACUCACUUACAAAUAUGCAUUCUCAGUUUACAGUCUUUGUGAGAAUGUCCUCUUUAGAUUUAGUAUCUCUCUAAUAACAUAUUACAUGUUGUACUUGAAUGUAAAAUUUGGAUAUAUCUUCAUAUUCUAUUUUAGUAGACUGUAGAGUAGAUUUGUCCACAAAGUGACUAGCAGGAUAACUACCACUAAGAGGUUAGAAGUUCACCUGGUUUUUAGAGACCUCACUGAAUACUUUAAGAUAAAAUAGUAUUUUAAUUAACUUGUUGGUUUUCAUUGUUUUGUGUAAAGUACUGGAUAUUUUCCAAACUGUGUUUUAGCAGGGAACGCUCAUAUUCACACCUGUUUUUAUAUCCUACAUCGGCAUACUUUCUUAAAGUUAUUUUUGUUUUAAAUAUAAAAAAAUGUGUCAUGGUGAAACGUUUAAGGUUGUGAAGAUGUGUGCACUCAUAACAUUAGCAAGUCCUGUGAUUUGAUAAUGGUAAAUAGUGGGUACACUGAGAGGCUAUUUUUCUGAUGUCAUUACCUCUCUGACCUGCCCCUGGUCAUUUGGGCCCCGACACUUCCUCUGCUCUCACUAAUGGGACAUUCUCUUUUCAUGCCUUCAAUUAAACACACUCAUUUCCUAUGUGUCCCGUCGGACCAUAUUUCUAGAUUAUAGAUGAUGUUCCCCACACCCCUCAGUGGCUGGUGUGUCUGGACUAUGUGAGUGGCUGUGUCAUGUCAUAUUAUUUACUCUCUACUGUACUGUGUCUGUCAAGCACAUGGAGUGGCACAUAAGCUGCUGAAACUGAGAGCUUUUACUGUAUUUCUCUGUCCCUAAAUCAGUAUUAUUGUAUUUAACUGGCUGCCAUUUGUCCAUAUCCCAUAUAACGUAUUUUAUCUUUGGUGACAGUUUCUUUUGGUUUCCAAAAUGAAACCUCAUUUGUGCCAUGAUGUUUUUAAGCUGUAGUGAAAAUAAUGUUUAAUAAAUAGAAAAUUCACUGAAA